AAAGACCGUUGUGCAAGCUCCUUCCUGAUGUUAGUCAUUCACAGGCAGCAUGCAAGCUUGUCUUCCGCCUUGGUCAGUGCCUGUGCAGAGAAAUGAGCUGACAUCAGCAUCUGCCUCUACAGCAGGAGACUCACACAGCCUGACGGGAGCCCGGCCAGCAUCCUUUCUCCAGGCAACCAUCCUCCCCGCUGCAUCGCUACCCACACAGCAAGUGUAAAGUGAUCAGACGGCAAAUAAGUCACCAUGGCAUUCAACCAGAGGUUCGCUGCACUGCGCCUGCAAGAACAAGGAAUUGACUCAAAACAGUUUGAAGAAGAUUUCCUGUCGGCCCACAAUAAAUAUCGGAAGCUGCAUGGAUCACCACCUCUAAAGCUGAACCGGGACCUCUGCAAGUCAGCUCAGAAGUGGGCAGAGCACCUACUGUCCAUCAGAGGCCUUCAGCACAGCAACACGGACCUGGGAGAAAACUUAUACUACAAGAGCUCCUCCAACCCUCGAGAUCUGCCAGGUAAUGAACCAGUGGACAGCUGGUACAAAGAGAUUGAGAGCUAUAACUUCAGCAGACCUGGCUUUUCCAGUAACACAGGGCACUUCACCCAGGUUGUGUGGAAGGACUCAAAGGAGGUUGGCUAUGGCGUGGCCACAGAUGGCAAGCGGGUCUACUUUUUGGUGGCCCAGUACAGCCCAGCGGGGAACAUCACCAAUCCAGGCUAUUUUGAGAAAAACGUUCUGCCUACUGGAACAGAAGCACCUGCCAACAGCAACUCAACUGACUCACGCUGGAAACCAGCAGGCAACAAGGAACCUGCAACAGAGGACAACUACAGCAACCAGAAUCCUAUUUCAGACAGCAAUACAGGUGCUGAAGGAAGUCAGUUUGAGAGGGAUUUUGUGUCUGCCCACAACGCUUACAGGAAGAAGCAUGGCGCGCCCCCGCUUCAGCUAAGUCGCGAGCUCUGUCGAUCCGCUCAGCAAUGGGCAGACCACCUGCUGUCCAUACGGACACUGAAGCACAGCGGCUCGGAUCAUGGAGAGAACUUGUAUUACAAAUACAGCUCCAGCACCAGAGAGCUGCCAGGUCAAGAACCCGUAGAUUCGUGGUACGAUGAAAUAAAGAACUAUGAUUUUGGAAGGCCAGGGUUCCGAAGUAACACAGGACAUUUCACCCAAGUUGUCUGGAAGGACUCCAAGGAAGUUGGCGUUGGGUUGGCCACUGAUGGCAAUGGACUUUACUUUGUGGUGGGGCAGUAUAAUCCAGCAGGAAACAUCACCAAUCCUGGAUACUUUGAAAAGAAUGUACUGCCAUCGGGGUCAGCAGUAUCACCAGAUAGUGACCAGUCUAGUUCACGGUGGAAAUCAAGCGGAAAUAAGUCACCUGAAGUAGAGCAGGCAAGCGAUAGGAAACCAACUAUCAGCAUUGGCCAGACAGUAAAAUCGAGCACCUUUGAGCAGGAAGCAUUGGACACGCACAACAAGUACCGACGUCUACACGGUGCCCCUCCAUUACAGCUGAGCCGGGAGUUGAGUGAGUCCGGUCAGAAGUGGGCCAAUCACCUUCUCUCUAUCAAUGCUCUCCAGCACAGCAACACCAACAAUGGCGAGAACCUGUGGUAUAAAUGGAACUCAAGUAUCAGGGACGCAUCUGGGUCAGAAGUUGUGGAUACCUGGUACAAUGAGAUAAAAGACUAUAAUUUUAGCAAGCCUGGCUUUCAGUCCAACACAGGUCAUUUUACCCAAGUGGUCUGGAAAGACUCAAGGGAAGUUGGCAUUGCCAAGGCUGUAGAUGGUAAAGGAAUGGUGAUCGCGGUAGCCCAGUACAGUCCUGCAGGCAACAUCACCAACCCCGGCUACUUCCAGAAAAACGUGCUGCCCAAGGGCACCCCAGUAACUGAGAACACAGAAGGGCCCAGCGAUCGGGGGGCAGGAGCCACCUUUUAUCCUUCUGGACGUGGAGGCGACUCUGGAUCAUCAUCUACUGUAGACACAAGAACAUUUGCACAGGAGUUCUUGAAGGCAAAUAACAAUUACCGGGCCAUGCAUGGAGCGAAACCCUUGCAGCUGAAUUCCAGAAUUAGUCAGGAGGCCCAGAAGUGGGCGGAGCAUCUUCUGACGCUGAAAACCCUGAAGCACAGUGACACUUCCUAUGGGGAGAACAUCUGGGCCAAAACAGGAAGCCCAUCCAUCACAGUGGCAGGUCAAGAAGUGGCUGAUAGCUGGUACAAAGAAGAAAAGAACUACAACUUCUCCAAACCGGGCCAUCAGCCAGAUACCGGGCAUUUCACGCAGAUGGUAUGGAAGACUUCCAAGGAGGUUGGCGUUGGUGUAGCUUCCAGUGGGAAGGGAAUGUUCAUUGUGGUGGCCCAGUACAACCCAUGUGGCAACAUCACCAACCCUGGCUUCUAUGCCCGCAACGUUCUACAGCGGGGAUCAAAGGUGACCGACGACGAUGAUGAUGAAGACGGCUUUGUGAAGGACUCCGCUGUCAACGGCAUUGUUGCAAUUCCAGAAAAAGAUCUAAAAACAUUCCGGAAAGACCUACUGAAUGAGCACAACAAGUACCGUCGCCUGCAUGGCUCAGGAGCACUGCAGAUCAGCACGUCCUUGAUGCAGGAAGCACAGAAGUGGGCUGACCAUUUGGUUGGGAUGCGUGCUCUUCAGAACAGUGACUCAGAACAUGGAGAGAACCUUUGGUACCGCUGGGGCACAGACACUAGUCUGCCAACAGGGAAAGAAGUGGCUGAGUCUUGGUACAAUGAGAUCACAAAGUAUAAUUUCAGCACUCCCGGAUUCCAGAGUGGGUCAGGUAACUUCACCCAGAUGAUCUGGAAGAGUUCCAAUCAAGUUGGCUUUGGCCUGAGCACAGACAAUAAAGGGAUGUACAUUGCCGUUGGCUUCUAUGACCCUGCGGGAAACAUCGCCAAUAAAGGAUACUUUGACGAUAACGUCUUGCCCAAGAAGAAGUGAUCGAGGACCAGGAAAUCUUUAUCUCUUUUCAUUAUGCCAAACACCCUCCAGAAUUCGAACUAAGUGGGGGCUUCCUCUACUGAUAGAGUGAGCCCUCUCCUGGAUUCAGAUGAAUGUAAUUCUCACCCUCCCUGGAACAAGAUAAUAUAAUAUGGUGCCCAUGCCAUACAGGGACAGGGAUUUUAUAUGGUUAAAAAAUAUCAGUCUUAAUGAAGUUUUAAGCACCACUACACUUAAAGAAGGAUGCUAAUGGUGUUUUACUUUUUUUUUU